GUGCGAAUUGUUGCUCACUUCGUUUCAAUUUGAUGCAGUUUUGUAAUUUGUAUUCGUCCUCUCAUUAGAUUGUGUGUAUGUGUAUGGACAUGCAGUGAUCGCAAAAUGUUCCUGGCAUUUGGACGUAGUGCGGUGUUUGUCGGAUUGUUGUUUAUAAUAUCGAGUGCGCUUGGUUUACGGCAAUAUGGAACGCCGAGUGGGACUUUGUACGUGGCUCAGGAUAGUGUAGACAAGAGUCAAAAAUAUACUAUAAUCGAUCAGUAUUCUGCCGCGGAAUCGACUAAUUUGGAAAGAAGAAAACGAGAUGUUACUCCGCCACCUACUCCCGGUGCACAGAAAAAUAUAAGUACAUGGACAACUCAUCUAAAUGACAGUCAUCAGCAGCUCAUGGUACACUGGGUUGGUGAAGGAUCCAAUGUAAUUAUUUGCCUGGCCCGAGAUGCAGUGCCAAGGGCCAAAGGAGGAAUAUCACCAUCAGCCCUCUACAUAUCCUACAACUAUGGCAUGAAUUUCACCAACAAGACUGAGAGUUUCCGCUUAGGUGACACACCUGACAGUGGUUAUGCCCAGUUGGAUAAGUUUUUCAAUCAUCCCAAAUAUCCACAAUUUUGUGUCUUUGUGGAUUCAACCAAUAAGAAGAUAUUUUAUACCAGCGACAAUGGUGUUACCAUUCAUAGGUCGGACCUGACUUUCCAUCCCAAUGAGCUGGCUUACGAUGAGGAGUUCCCAAGCAAAUAUGUUGUUUUGGAUAAAGUUGGAUCAAAUCGAAUGCUGUACCUCACAUUGGAUGGUGGAAAAUCCUUUAAACUCAUUCAGAACUACGUAAAGACUUUCUACUGGUCAUCCGGACCUGAUUUCUCGAAGGUAUUCUAUGUGGAACGAUGGAAGCCAGACAGGAGCAGCACAGUCAUAAGCGCGAGGGAUCCAACCGAACUCAAUGAUGAAAACAAUGUUGUGUUUGUAGAAGCUAGGGACUUCCAAAUUAAAGGAGACUACAUGUUUGCAACGAGACAGUCAAAGGAGAAAAAUACGUUAAAUCUCUACAUAUCGCACCAAAGAGGUCCCUUCUUCAAAGCAGAGUUCCAGACCGAACUAGAUCUAAGAAAGUUCCAUAUCGCUGAUGUAACAGACAAACGCAUCUUCGUCUCGGUAAUGCACACAGACAAUCUCGCCCACUUAUACGUAUCAGAGAUCAACAACAAUUUCACGCAAUACAACUUCGUGUUGAGCUUAGAACAGGUCCUGUGCUAUUUCCCAGAUGGUAACUGGAAGGACAGCUGGCUGGAAGACGUAACAGAGGAUCCAUUCACUGAUCUGUAUCGCGUGGAAGGGUUGAAGGGCGUUUACAUAGCGUCUCGCGUUCAUUCGAAGACACUGGUGGGAACUGUUGGACCGGAACACCUUAUCUCUUUGAUAACCUUCGAUCAUGGUGUCACGUGGUCACCUAUCAAUCCACCUACUGAAGACGAAAAUGGUAAACCGUUGAACUGUCAAGUUGAAAAUUCCUGCAGUCUACAUUUGUGUCAGAAAUUCAGUCAACUGUAUCCAGUAACAAGAUCUGCCAGUAUAAUGAGUUCAAAGUCAGCACCGGGCAUUAUUAUGGCUACAGGCGUAAUGGGCAAAUCCCUUAAAGGCAUUCCCGGGGUGUACAUCAGUCGAGAUGCCGGCCUUACAUGGAAGAGGAUCCUCAAGGACUAUUACUUCUUUAAUUAUGGAGACCACGGUGGUGUAUUAGUUGCUGUUAAAUAUUUUAAAUCACGUGGGGAAACAAGAAGGAUACUGUACUCGACGAAUGAAGGCAUCGACUGGCACUCUUAUCAGUUCAAUGACGACGACCUUCGUAUAUACGGGCUGAUGACCGAGCCUGGCGAGAACACAACAACAUUUACAAUGUUCGGUUCGGCGAACGAUCAGCAUCAGUGGAUUAUCAUUACCAUCGAUUUACGUAACACAUUCGAGCGAAACUGCACCGCUGAUGAUUACAAGUUUUGGUCGCCAACUUCUCUCAACUCUUUAGUUUCCUGCGUACUCGGUAUUAGGGAAACCUUCCAACGGCGUAUUCCUAACUCGAAUUGUUAUAACGGCGUGGACUAUGACAGGCCUGUUAAAAAGGAAAUAUGCGAAUGCAGCAGACGAGAUUUCGAAUGCGAUUUUGGUUUUAAACGUUCUGGAGUUGAAUGCGUCCGUAAUAAGUCUGUAAACUUUGAUCCAUAUGCCAUACCAUCAGAUUGUCGCCCUGGAGAGUCAUAUAUGCGAACAAAGGGUUAUAGAAAGAUAGACGGCGAUGUUUGUGUCUCUCCCGCUUAUAUGCCGUACGCCCCUGUUAAAGUAGCAUGUCCUAUAGCGGAACCAACGGAAUUUCUCAUCGUUGCAUUAAGAGACAAAGUUGCACGUAUCGAUCUGUCAGAUAAUUCCACUUUAACACUAGUUUCGGACCAAAAGAAUAUUGUAGCUAUUGAAAUUGACAUGAAAAAUAAUUGCUUAUAUUGGGCUGACAUAGACAGUGACAAAAUCAAACGUCAAUGCUUCAACAAUGGCACUGCGGAAGAGGUUGUUGUGGGCAGUGAUUUAGCUAGCAUUGAAGGCAUGGCUUUGGAUUGGAUUUCGAACGUCCUAUUUUUCGUGGACGGUAGACGCAAUAAGAUUGAAGCUGUAAGAACUGAUUUAAACAAUGUAGGAAGAAUGAGAGUCACAAUCUUGGACUCUAAAGUCUUAUCUAAGCCGCGUGGAAUUGCUGUACAUCCGAAAGCUGGUUACUUGUUUUGGACCGAUUGGGACCGCAGUAACCCUUCAGUGUCUAGAUGUAAUUUAGACGGUUCGGACAUUACGAGGCUUUUUAAAAAACCGACUGUCCAUUGGCCUAAUGGUAUAACAAUUGACCAAAUGUCUGAAAGAAUCUACUGGGUAGAUGCUAUGGAAGAUUACAUUGCUAGCGCUGAUUUAGAUGGUCGGCAUUUUAAGCGUAUUUUAUGGAACGACGAGAGAGUGGCACAUCCAUUUGCUAUAGCUGUGCUGAAAGAUAAGAUGUAUUGGGAUGAUUGGAAAGCAAAAUCUAUAUUCUAUGCCGACAAACAUACUGGUUUGGACAUUGUUACUAUUAACGACUCCUUCACUGGACUUAUGGAUCUUAAAGUGUUUGCUCAUUUUGUCCAGCAAGGAAGCAACGCUUGUACGAAUAAUAGUAAUGCUUGCCAUGCGUUAUGUCUGGGAGGCCCAGCUAAUACUUUCAGUUGUUUAUGUCCAGAUGGUCUUACGCACACAAGUGAAGGCAAAUGUAUGUGCCCGAACAACGAAGAACCAACAGUGAACAUGACUUGUCCAAACAAACCUGGCGUUGCGUGUGGCAAAGACCAAUUUACAUGCAAGAAUGGGGCGUGUAUAGAAGGCAGUUGGCGUUGCGAUGGACAUAACGAUUGCGGUGACAUGUCGGAUGAGAACGGCUGUAUGUGCACGCCGCCGAUGAUAGCAUGCGAUGACACACGAUGUUAUCUGCCGCAUUGGAAGUGUGACGGCGAUUUCGAUUGCAAAGAUAUGAGCGAUGAAAAAGAUUGCGAUCACCACAACUGUACAGAAAACCAGUUCCAAUGCGCAAACGGCAUGUGCAUUGAGAAGAGAUGGGUGUGCGAUGGAGAUAAUGACUGUAAAGAUGGAUCUGAUGAACGUAACUGUACGGCGGUGCAAGUGAAGCGCAUCGAGUCCGGAGGCGCGGAGUGCGCUGCGGACGCGUUCCGGUGCGCGCGCAGCAGCGGGCUGUGCAUCCCGUCGGCGUGGGCGUGCGACGGCGAGCGGGACUGCCCCGGCGGGGAGGACGAGCUGCCCGACUCGUGCCGCAACGCCUCCUGCGCGCCCUACAUGUACCGCUGCCCCAGCGGGAAGUGCAUCUUCCGCUCCUGGCUAUGCGAUGGUGAGAACGACUGUAGCGAUACAGAAGCAUCCGAUGAGAAAAACUGCACAGGCACCCAACAUUCGAAGCUCAUACCGCGUCCGACUACUGAUAAAGUGGACUUCGCAUCGAACAGUUCGUGUCUGGACUGGAUGUUCAGAUGCAGCAACGGCAACUGUCUCCCAUAUUGGUGGAGGUGCGACGGUGUAGAUGACUGCAAUGAUUUCUCCGAUGAGAUUGGCUGUGGGUCUACGGACACGACUGUAAUACCAUCUGAUCAACAUCCCUCGAUAAAAUGCGGAAAGAACCAGUUCACUUGUUCGCCAGGCGUGUGCAUACCGCUGUCGUGGGUGUGCGACUCGGUCGCGGACUGCGCUGACGGCGCGGACGAGCAGCCGGCCAGCUGCGAGCGGCGCACGGGGGGUGCGGGGGGUGCGGGCGGCGCGGGGGGCGCGGCCUGCGCGGCCGACGCGGCGCCCUGCGGCGACGGACGAGGUUGCGUACGAGACGAGCAGCUGUGCGACGGCGUGCUUCACUGUGCAGAUGGCAGCGACGAGCUGCACUGCGGGCCCGUCUCGAAACCUCCAACGAGCUGUCCGAGCGACACGCAGGCUUGCGACGGCGGCGCUACGUGUGUGGGGCGCGCGGCACUGUGCGACGGCCGCGCUGACUGCCGCGACGGUAGCGACGAGCUCGACUGCCCCGCCGGCCGCCCUCCACCCGCGUACCAGUUCCUAAGUCUUGGCGUGGACCAGUCGACAAUAAACUCCACCAGUUUCCUGAUAUCGUGUUGGAUGGCCCAGCAGAAACUAGUUAAAUACAGCUUCUUACCUUCAAUAUCUAAAGUCGAAGACGGUAUUUGGCAUAAUAUGACUUGGACAAACGAUAGCAUAUAUAGGUUCACAAAUUUGGAGCCAUACACGAAUUACAACGUCACAUUCUACAUCCAAGACAGCAAAUCUAAUACAACAUAUGCAUCGCUCAAGUUCGUGAACAUGACUACUGGUGAAGGAGUACCAUCACCUCCGGGACGUGUGUCAGUGAGUCAGUUAGUGGGCAGUCGGGUUAACGUACGCUGGGAUGCACCGCUUGAGCCACGUGGCCGCAUACAGCGCUACUCGCUGUACUACGCACCGCCACUACCUCCUAUACAACACGAUAUACCGGCCGACCAACUGUCCAUUAAUAUAAGGGGCUACUUCAGACCAAAUAUUACUUAUACCUUCUGGGUGACGGCGACGAACGGCGCGUCGUCGUCGGCGUCGUCGACGCUGAUGAACAUAACGUUCGAGGAGCCCGGCGACGUGGACUCGCUCGCCAACGUGAGCGUGGCGCGGCCGACGGCGCACGAGGCGGAGCUGCGCUGGCACCGCAUCCGCGGCGUCGACGGCUACCUGCUGCAGCUGCGCCUGCCCGCCAACUACGCGCGCCGCCGCCCGCUGCGCACGCAGGACGACCACGCCACCAGUAACUAUCCCACACCUGAUGUACUGUCCACCUGCGCCUGCCCGCCAACUACGCGCGCCGCCGCCCGCUGCGCACGCAGGACGACCACGCCACCAGUAACUAUCCCACACCUGAUGUACUGUCCACGUGCCCACGUGGGCGUGGAGCUGCGCUGGCACCGCAUCCGCGGCGUCGACGGCUACCUGCUGCAGCUGCGCCUGCCCGCCAACUACGCGCGCCGCCGCCCGCUGCGCACGCAGGACGACCACGCCACCAUAAAGAAUCUACCCCCUGGUGUGGAUCUAUUCAUUGACAUAAGGGCGUACAAAAACAACGUCUACGGAGAUCCAUUCACGAUACCUCUGCAUACUGCUGGAAUGCCCGACGAGACACUGAACUUGACUGCAAUCCUGCUGAAAGAUGUAGGCACUUCUGUACAGUUGUCGUGGUCGGCGCCGCUCGGUGACAGAUAUAAGAACCAGACUGUACAAUACGAAUUACAUUAUAUUAAGGCGAUGCAACGAUUAACGCCAGGAGUUAGUAACGAUACACAAAUAGUAACGACAAAUCUUUCGGCGACUGUGGAGGGAUUGAGCCCGUGUGAAAGCUACAUUUUUGCAGUCGGUCUAGUUGGUGGACCAUUGUCUAAAUUUAUUGAAAUCAUUACCAGAGGCAAUCCGAAAGCACCAGUAAAGAAUCUCCAUGCUGUCUACAAUAAACAAACAUCACAACUAGAAAUCUACUGGUACGCGAAUUGUGACGUUCUUCGGGGACCGGUGGCGUAUAGGUUGGAAAUAAAAGACGAGGCGCUGGACAAAACAAGCUAUUAUGAGUUGAAGCCGAAGAGUGAAAUCAAUGUACGUCAUGUGUUUGAAAAUGUCGCUGUUGGCGGCAAAUACAAUAUCUGCGUGACAGCGGGCGAGGGCAGCACGUGGUCGCGGGCGGCGUGCACCCGAGUCCGCUGCGGCGCCAUCGCGGCGCCCCGCGCCGUGCUCGCGCUGCUCUCCGACGGGAACCUCAUGGUCAGCUGGAAGGAUGACGCGCCGCUCGCAGAUACUCCCAGAUACCAAGUAAUACUGUCAGAGAAAGAGAUACCCGACGACCUGGGUCAGGUGAGCGAGGAUAUGACGUCAGUGUUCACUGAGAAGUCGCCGUUGAUAGUACGCGCGCCCAGCAAUGGACCGCUGUAUGUAGCGGUGCGCGCCGUCGCCCCCGACGGCCGACAGAGUGAUCUCAGCGAAGUGCGCACACUAGCCGUGGAGGGCGUGGAGAGCACGGAGUCGAGUGCCAUGAGCGCUGCGUGGUGGGCGGCGGCGGCGGGCGGCGCGCUGGCGCUCGUCGCGCUCGGGCUCGUCGCGCGACGACGGUACCGCGCCGCCGCCGCGCACACGCCGCGCACGCCGCGCUACGACAGCCGCCGCGGGCAGGCCACGCUCGGCGACCACGAUGACGACGACGUACCUCCUAUUCAGGGCUUCUCCGACGACGAGCCCCUGGUGAUCGCGUGAGCGGCAGUCUUGUGAUGUUAACAGUGAUCUUGUCAUAACCUAUAGUAUUUUAUAUUUAUUGUUUUAUCAACCACGUCAAUCUACGUUCUCGGCAUUUCUAUAUUUAAAUCUACGAACAGGUCUAUAUAUAAUAAAUAGUCUUUUGUGGUUACUCAUAGUCUGGUACUAAUACUGAAAUUUAAAUUUAGUGGAUAAUUUUAGAUGUCGUUUAAAUAAUUCUAAAUAUGUCAUUUGGAAGGAAUCAAACGUAAAUGUUAAAUAAGAAGUACAUUAAUACUUUCGGCUGGUUCGUAAAGUAUACUUUAUUAUUGUUUUGUUUAUGACUUUAUGUAUAUGUCAUUAGAGUCUAAUUUAAAUGUGUAGUUGUAUGUGCACUCUUACGCCGAGAUCGUAAAUUACUUUUAAUAUAUAUAAAAUUUCAUUGCAUUGCCAGUCAUUUAUCUAUUAGUCACAAACGAAAUUUAUGUGAAAGAAAUUGUAUUUUAAGUUUUGUUUUGUUUUAUAAAAUAUGACGACUGCGAUGCUUAUAUGUUAGUUCGUAACUUUAUGUUGAUACUGUUUAUAAACGCGCUCAGAGUAUUAUUAUGUAAUGAAUCAUUAUGUUUAGUUAGAAUGCAUGACGUAUUUCAUAUUUAGAGACAGGGUUGCAUAAAAUUUCGCUCGGGAAGCUACAUUCACGCUAGCAGUAUUAUAGUUAUGUUUUAACGUCAUUUCAUGAAAACGCUAUUGUUCCGUUAUAUAAA